GGCAGGAGCUCAGCGUCGGUGCCCGGGGGAGGGGGCGGUGCAGGGGCUUGGAAGACGCCCCCAUCCCCGCACCCCUGCGCGCCAGCCUAGAGGUCAGCGGCCAGCGGGAGCCCAUUUGCCCGGUCCCCUAGUGCAACCCACGAGGUCAUCUUUCGACUCCUGGGCUCCCGGAAACCGACUCAGGUGUGAGCCCAGGUUCGCAGGUAUCUACUUGAAGGUGGGGGCGAGGCUCAGCCUGGGCUCUCAGGAGGCAGCACACAUCGGACUGUCUAGUCCCCUGCGUCCCUUCCUCUGGCCGGGUCCAGGUGGCGAGGCUGGCGUCUCGGCUGUUUUUGAAACCUGUUUUCUCUCGCACUUUCCCCCUUGGGUUUCCGAAGUCCCUGGGCUCCCAGGCGAAAGGCAGACUCGUCGCCACCUCUCCCGGGGGCGUCUGGGAGGCAGGGAGGGGCCUCGCCUGGCCCCCCUUCUCUCCCCUUCUCAGGUUACUCUCAGGGAACCCGUCACCUGGCACCUUCCCCUGAGGCCUGAGAAACCCAGCCCAAGUCUCUCCUUUUUCACGAGGGAAAAUAGAGUGGCUUCCCUGGGGUCACACACACCUUCCCGGUGGAUAUGGAGCCAGAACUCCUGCACACUCCCACCCCCUGCCAACCACCUCUGACCUGGCCACUCCCCACUCCAGGAAAGCCCUGACGAGCUGCCCGAGAACUGGACAGACACUCGGGAGACACUGCUGGAGGGGAUGCUCUUCAGCCUCAAGUAUCUGGGCAUGACGCUGGUGGAGCAGCCCAAGGGCGAGGAGCUGUCGGCUGCUGCCGUCAAGAGGAUCGUGGCCACGGCCAAGGCCAGCGGGAAGAAGCUGCAGAAGGUGACUCUCAAGGUGUCUCCACGGGGGAUUAUCCUGACUGACAACAUCACCAACCAGCUCAUUGAGAACGUGUCCAUUUACAGGAUCUCCUACUGCACGGUGGACAAGAUGCACGACAAGGUGUUUGCGUACAUCGCCCAGAGCCAGCACAGCGAGAAUCUUGAGUGCCACGCCUUCCUCUGCACCAAACGGAAAAUGGCCCAGGCUGUCACCCUUACUGUAGCCCAAGCCUUCAAAGUCGCCUUUGAGUUUUGGCAGGUGUCCAAGGAAGAGAAGGAGAAGAGGGAGAAAGCCAGCCAAGAGGGAGGGGACAUCCUGGGCAGGGGCCACUGCGACAGCACCCCCUCGUCAAAAAACCUGGUCGCCACUGGGAACCUGCUGGACUUGGAAGAGACAGCCAAGGCCCCGCUGUCCACAGUCAGCGCUAACACCACUAACAUGGACGAGGCACCGCGGCCUCAAGCCUUGAACAGCAGCAGUGUGGUCUGGGAGCUGGAUGACGGCCUGGACGAAGCAUUUUCAAGGCUUGCCCAGUCUCGGACGAACCCUCAGGUCCUGGACACUGGACUGACAGCACAGGAUAUCCAUUACGCCCAGUGCCUCUCACCUGUCGACUGGGACAAGCCUGAGAGCAGCGGAGCCGAGCAGGAUGAUGUCUUCAGCUUCUGAGGGCCUGGGGCUGGCGGGACUCAUGACAGACCAACGCCACCUGCAGUGGGGGCAGCUCCAGGACCCCCAGGCACCGUCUUCCAGUCGGUCAGCAGCACCGUCAGCCUGCAGACCAAAGCUGCAGCCAGUCUAGCAGGGGGAAGGAGAGGUUUUUUUAACCCCGCCCUUUCCCUAAGAACUGGAAGAUGCCUUGAAUAUUUAUUCAGUGACUCCUGGUCCGACUGGGAAGCCGGUUUUGCGUCUGGCGCGAGCGCAGCGUUAUAACCAGCUUCCUGCUGUCUCUUGAGCAAGCUCUGCUCUGCUCUGGGUGUCAGGACGGUGACCAAAGCCUUCCUUGUCCCUUCGCUCUUUCUAAGGGCCCAGGUCUCCCUGGAGGCGCCCCUGCUCCUUACUGAAAGUAGUCCGAUUGUUCAUUUCUGUCAUCUUUUGAGUACAGGAGGGCACCGAAGCCUCAGGAGAGGACCGCAUCCUCAGGCUUGCCUUCCGCAGGGACCCAGCAGGCCUGGGCUGGAGCCCCUGGACCUGGGGGCUCUGAGAGACAGGGGCAGCUUCUGACCAAAGACAAUACAUAGCUGGCACUUUAAAGCACACAGCAGUGUGGCCCCUGGGGGCCCCUCGAUGGUGCUGCCUUGCACAGAGCUUUCUUUCUGCCCUUCUUCCACGAGAAGGGGCCCAAAGUCCCUGUAGAUGGUCGCCAUCAGUGCUCGGAGCCAGUGAAACUGGCUGCCCACGGACUCCCCGAGUCUCACUGGGACAGUGGGGGUCAUCUCUGUGACUGCCCUCCCUCGGGUCUGCUGUACGAGGUUGUGCCCACUUGUCCAUUGUGUCUGUGUCUGUGUGAGUGUCCCUGGGCCCCACCUCCCUGUACUUCCCAGGAUACCGUGUGAAACCUAACGCCUAGACUUGUUUAAGAAUAUUCUCUUGCCAUUUUACAGAUGAGGAACCAAGGCCAUAAGCUGGAAGGGCUGUAGUCAAGAGUAGAACCCAGACCUGAUGCCAAAGCUGCCUUCUCCCCGCCCCCUCACACUCACACCUUUUUUUUCUAGCUUUGUUGUCCUCCGAGGAACCAAAAACCCCAGCUAUUUUCUGACCAAAAUGUGUUUCAUAACAAACCAUCUGGUGCCUUUCCACAGAGAACUGGCAUGAGCCUCCGUGCCGUGCUGGCUGUCUCGCCGUUGAUUUCCGUAAAAAUGGAAGUGUUUGAAGUCUGCUAAUUCAGAGGGUGAAACAACCAAAGUCGGUAGGCGUCUUGCCCUCCUUCCCUGACACUCCGACCCCGGUCGGGACAUACCAGCGACAGUCUGUCUUCAGUCUCCCUCCAUUCCUCCCCUGCCACCCCCCGGGCCCCGGCAUCCUGAACCCAGCAGAGCUGCCAGCGCCUUCCCCAGUCCCAGCUGCCUCCCAGGCCUGGCUUUGCUGAGCUUUUCACUCACAUCAUAGAGCGGGCUUCACCAGCCCAGAAGAACACCCCACUGCUUCGAAUCUACCUACCUAAGUAAGCGCUUGAAUCACAACACAAAGAAGUGCCUGGUGAGGGGUGGGGUGGAUGUGUAGGGUCUCCAUCAGAAUAUGGGGAUACUUCCUUGCCCUGCCCAGCUCCUGCACCCCCAUGCCCCUACCCCUGACCCUCUUGGUGUCGGCACCUGUGUGUGUCAUGACGUAGCAAGGGUUGGGCCUGACAAGCUGCCCUUGGCAUGAGGGUCCAGGAGCCCCGGGAAAGGCCUUGCUGUGUCUGUGUGGGUUGGGCUGUGGCCGUUGUCUCGGCCUUUGGCCAACAGCGGUCGAUGUGCUGCCCGUGUGUCUGCAGAGAAGUCCUGUGCUUUACUUUGUGUUGCUGUAAAGGAAUUUCUAAUGAGGAAGAUAAGUAAUAAACAUUCUCUUUUUGAAAUACAAAGAGCACUUGCAUGGAGCAGCCCGGUGGCCGUGUGGGAGCGCGGCAUCCGGCAGCUCCAGCCCUUUGAGGGUGGAGCGGCAGUGACCACAGGCCCAGACGUGGGGGAUGGUGGUCUGUGGUCCCCCGGUUGAAGCCCAGCAGAUGGGGGUGUGUGAUGAGGUCAUCUCUGGAUAGCCUAGCGAGGCUGCCCUUGUGAGCCAGUGUGUUGGCCCUGAAGAGGUCUCUGAAAACCUCGGUCAGGGCUUCCUCGCUGGGGGUCUGUGAAUCCCUGAGACGUGCUGGUGAUUGUGUGUGUGUGUCCAUGUGUACAUUUUUCUUGGGGAGGGUGGCCAUCAUUUCCAUCACAUUUUCCAAGGGGUGCACAACAUUUAUUCACUUGAUAAACUUUGUGGCAAACACAGACCGGGCCUGGGGCUCUGCUGGGGAUGGCAGUCCAGACAGGGUCUGCCUGGACUCAGGAUGUGUG